ACACACACACACAUGCGGCCCCACUCUCUAUUUUCUCUCCAGUCCACACACACACGGUGCCCUGACACAUUGUACCUUUUGGUUGUCCCCGAGAAGAACCCCUGUUGUGUUUUGAAACAUACAUAGUAUCUCUUUACUUACACAUAAAAGAAGAAUCACACACCUUGAGAUGAGCGUCGAGAAAUGGUGCUUUUGAAGCCUCAAGAUACUUUCAUUUCAUGAGAAAAAGAGAAAAACAUUAGACAAAAUGUCACAAUUUUCUACCAACCUGUUCUUUGCCUUGCUGGUGAUCUUCAUCGUGGCAUUCCUGGAAACGCAGUGUCUGGACACCACCGGCAGCGAGGAAAGGCGAGAGCAAGUGAAAAAGAUGGAGGAACAGACUGACCAGGAUGUACAGAAUCUUAAGAGAAACAUGACCGAACAGAAUGAAUUCACGGAAAACCUCACAAGAUAUAAUCUCAGGAAGAAAACAAAUCGAGGUGACGCUGUGGGGAAGAGAGGUGAAAAGAAGCCAGGAGACAACGAUGACAGACUGAGUGAUACAGUCAGCAAGAAGAAGAAAGAGAAGAAGAACCAAAUCUUAAAAAAAAAUCAUAGACGGAUCAGUAGCUUGAAAAAUGCUAUGCAAAGCAAAAAACAUGCGAAGGUUAAAAAAAUAAAGGCUAAAAAAGUAAAAGGCAAACCUGCAAAAACUAAGAAAAGGAAGUUUUCACGAAUUACUGAAGACGAAGAAAACAGGAUAACAAGAAAGAACGAACCAGGAAAGAAAAAAACAGGAGGUAGUGGGAAUGGAGGAAAGGCUAACAAGCAGAAAGGCAACAAGAAGACAAACUCGGGCGAGAUAAAAAAAAACAUUAAUACCUCCGAGAGUCAUCCACUGUUCAGUUUUUCUAAUUAUUUGUUAGCGGAAUGUGGAAAAAAGUAUAAGUUGGUUCCAGGAACGUCUUACCUGUUCACCACUGACGGGGGACAUCUGUCUAGAAACUGUCGUUCAACGUUUUCGAGUCCCUCCGGUACCAAAAUCCAGUUUUUCUGUCCUGUGUUCAAUCUCCACCUAAAGAAAUGCAAGAAGGAAAGUCUCUUGUUAAUCGAGAAUAAACAUAUCAAGUGGCCGUUCUGCAAGAGUGACGUAGUGAACAUUGAGACGAUCGGGCAUCGUUUACAAGUCCACCACAAGAGGAGCAGGCUCCCAAGAAAGAAAUGCCCAGGAGCUUUUCUUUGCGAAGUUACUGUUCACCGCAAACACGGAAUUAUCACCGUAAAGCCUCCAGUCAUAGAGAAGCCUCCAGUCUCUGUCACCGACCCUCAUCCAGUUCCCACCGACCCUCAUCCAGUCCCCACCGACCCACAUCCAGUCCCCACCGACCCUCAUCCAGUUCCCACCGAUCCACAUCCAGUCCCCACCGUUCCAGAUCCGUCAACUACCACCGCCACCACCAAAAAGACGACAAGCACAUCGACCACCACCACGACUACGGCUCCCACAACUACAUCAACAACGACGACGAGGACUACGACAACGACGCCUCCCACAAGUACGGUGCCAGUGACGACUGAAACUCCUAAAAGUACCACCACAUCAUCAACCACGACAGCACCACCAAUGACGACAACGAUGAAGACUACAACAAUAACCACUACGACCUCUCCAUCAACAACGUCUACAACCACAACAUCACCAACGACCACUACAACGACGACGACGAUGUUGCCUCCAAUUCCCGUCCACAUCACCAAACCACCCAUCGAUGGCAAGCCACCACCAACCGUGCAACAUAGGCCCUACUGCCCUAACUGCAAUCGCGGUGACAUCGUUAUUACCAGAAUCGUCGGUGGGAUGCCCGCCAGGUUGAAGGAGUUUCCUUUCCAGGCCCGUGUCAUGGUACGUAACAAAAUUCUCUGCUCCGGAACUCUCAUCUCUAGUGACUUGGUCCUGUCCGCUGCCCACUGCUUCUCCGAGGGAUAUACUAAUACGGUUGUGUUCCUUGGGGACCAUGACACGACCAUUGACGAGCACUACAGCCAAGUGAUUGAUGUCAGGAAUGUUAUCGUCCACGAAGACUUCAACACGAAAACCAUGGACAACGAUAUUGCACUUGUGGAGUUGACGAGGCCUGCAGUGAUCACCCCUUACGUCAUUCCUGCCUGCAUCGCCACCUCUCGGGACAACUUCCAAUCAAGUCUCUGUGUCGUCUCUGGAUGGGGCCACAAGCAUUAUGGUGGUUCAACAUCUAACGAGCUGAUGAAGGUGGGAGUUGAUCUCAUCACCAACGAGGAGUGCCAGCUCAUGUACAACGAAAAAGGGUACACCAUUACCGACAACAUGAUUUGCACGUACACCCAAAACAAAGACGCCUGCCAGGGAGACAGCGGAGGUCCCCUCGUGAGGCAGACGAGUGAUGGCAUGUGGGUUUUGAUUGGCAUCGUGAGCUUCGGCUACAAGUGUGCCCAUAACUUAUCCCCGGGCGUCUUCACGAAAGUCGAAGUCUACAAAGACUGGAUCUCCAGGAACAUUUAUCACUUGAAUUGUUAAAAUCCUUAAAAUAACCAUUCUAUUUUUUUCUUAUUUUUUAUCAUUGACAUGAGAUUUGUACGACGCUCAGAAGUGUAGUGACAUCUGCUUAAUGAAUAUUGUAAUCAUAUCAACUCAUUUACAUAUAUUCAUCCAUCUCUCUCUCUCUCUCUCUCUCUCUCUCUCUCUCUCUCUCUCUCUCUCUCUCUCUCUCUGUGUAUAUA